GACAUUUGGUUGUGACACACUUCCUCUUUUGCAAAAGAUAAAGCGCUGAUUUAAUUCUGAUUGCUGGUCUCUGUCUCAUUUAUAUUAACAUCUUAAUAUAAUGUAUCUAACAGUUUAGUGCAGCUAAAGACAGUAUGGGUGUACACAGUAAGGCACAGAACUGAGGCAGUAUUACAUGUGUCAUAGGAUCAUAUGCAUUGGAUGUAGGGCUACUACAUAUUCACUGACAAGAUGACAGUGUCAGAGGUCAUGAUUCUCGUCAAAAGAAGUCAAGGAAGUAAAUUUUUACCAAUUGACAAGAAGUACCAGGAAAUUAAGCACAUAUGUGCUUAGCUGUUAUUCAGCAUACUUCACAUUUCACAGACUUGGAACAUUUCCUGCUUGGUGACUUUUGACUUUUUUGGCUGUCUGGAGUGACGUGCCUUACCCAUCGGCCCAACUCAUUAUCAGUAUCAACCCAAACAAAGCACAAUGCUAUGCAAAAGUCAAGGAACAUGUCUAUCUCUCUGGCUGUUUGAAAACACAAACAAAGUUUGCAUGGCCCCCGACUCUUCACCCCGUUUUAAUGAGCGCAACCUUGGAAGUGCCUUUGCAACGCCUCUGUUUGGCAGUCCGGCCCCCCUCAGAGCCUGGGCAUGCAGGGGAGGGUGUAAAAGCAUCGUGGCUCGUACCAGUUAGGCCUUAGACCUACGGGAGCGCACCUACAAGACACACAAGUGUUGUUCCUCCCUAACCUGUUUGCCUUUUAAAGAAUCCUGCCAAAAUGUUGUCGCGGACACUUGUUGUUUCCUUGCUUUUUGCUGUAGCUGGUGUUGUUUUAUCUGCACCAGUGACAGAUGGACAAGACUCAGAUGACAGAGCAGCUCCAGUCAUAGCAUUCAUCAAUGGAGAAAACCGUGAUGGUCCGACCCCUACAAGUCCAGCCCAAGGAGACUCAGGAAUCACAGAUGGGAAAGACUCAGCUGAGGACGUUAAAGUUGCAGACUCAGCUGACACCACAAAUCAGCCAGCCAAGAGCUCAGAAGAGGAGUCAGACGCUGAGGACAAAGACAAAAAGGCCAAAGACAAGAGCUCCGGCAGCCAGGAGGCAGGGGCCUCCACCAAAGAAGAGGGAGAUUCCAUCAGCGACGAAGACGACAUUAACAGCAGCCAGGAGAUGCACGACAGCGCCAGCCAAGACUCAGAGUACGCCACCAAGGAGGAGAGUGAGGAGGAGAAGAGCGCUGAGUCAUCGGACGACAAAGUGAGCAAGAACGCCAGCAAGAAAGACAAAGACAACAUGGAGGACAAAUCAGAAGAGGAUGCAGACAAAGUUGACAAGGAGGAUACAUCAGAGUCCAUCUCAAAAGGAGAAAACCGUGAUGGUCUGACCCCUAGAAGUCCAGCCCAAGGAGACUCAGGAAUCACAGAUGGGAAGGACUCAGCUGAGGACGUUAAAGGUGCAGACUCAGCUGACCCCACAAAUCAGCCAGCCAAGAGCUCAGAAGAGGAGUCAGACGCUGAGGACAAAUACAAAAAGGCCAAAGACAAAGACGCCAAAGACAAGAGCUCCGGCAGCCAGGAGGCAGGGGCCUCCACCAAAGAAGAUGGAGAUUCCAUCAGUGACGAAGACGACAUUAAGAGCAGCCAGGAGAUGCACGACAGCGCCAGCCAAGACUCAGAGUACGCCACCAAGGAGGAGAGUGAGGAGGAGAAGAGCGCUGAGUCAUCGGACGACAAAGUGAGCAAGAACGCCAGCAAGAAAGACAAAGACAGCAUGGAGGACAAAUCAGAAGAGGAUGCAGACAAAGUUGACUAGAGGAUACAUCAGAGUCCAUCUCAAAAGAGGAAAGCAUGGAGAAGAGCACUGAGGCAGAUUCCAGAUUCCAGUUUUAACACCUCCUGUAAUUCAGCAUGGCAACAUCGUGGACAUGGUGUCUGUCAGGGUUUUUGGACUGCUAUACCCUUCAUGACCCUGUGGGGUCCUCAGUGUUCCUGUUUUGUCUUUCACAUGUGUGUUGGCUUUAUUGUUUCAUUGAGUUCACCUGUGCCUUGUUUGUUACCCUUUAUAAGCCACCUGAUUUUCCGUGUGUUUGCAGAGUCUUGAAACUGACACCCUACGGUUAGGUUGAGUAAGUUGCUCUGAGAAUCGCUGCCUUUGAUGCUAACUGCUGUUUUGAGUCCUUUUGUUUUUGUGUUCCUUUUGUUUCCCGUUUUUGGGAUAUCCUUAGUUGACACUGUUAAAAUUGCCCAGACUAUAUUUUUAGAUGUCUGGAAGUAUUUUGAGUUGCUGUUCUAACUGUGUGGAAACUUCUGCCUGACUCAAGUAAAGAAACCUUUUUUGAUUCUACCCAA